AUGUCGCAAUACGGCAGCGCCGCGAAUUUGAGCCAAUUUCGUGAAAGAACCGGCAGCCCAUCGUAUGCUUCAUUAGGAAAACAUCGGGUGAGUUUUUUUUUCGUUUUUUGCAAAAUUUAUGAUUCGGAAAAUUAGAUGGUGAACAUGAAUUUUGAACUUUUCGGAAAGCUUAAAUAUUUUAUAAGUGUAACACUGAAGGUUAUAUAAAUCAUAUUUUUAAACUCUAAUUUUCGAAAUUUUUCUGAAGUGAAGCGGAAAUUUGUAACUAAAGUCUUGUUUUCAAAUAUUAAUAGUUUAUCUGCAAUCAAAAUUAUUUGACUCGAGUUUUUAAGAAAGAGAAUGAUCCAUUUUUGAUUUUUGAAAAAAAAAUUGACUUUUUUUCAGCCAUAAAUUUUAGUAAUAAUUUCCAUAGACCUCAUUUUGUAGAGAUUUGAGUCCUAGCUUAAGCGUACAUCUACAGUAGGACCAAGUGAUCAACUUAAAAAAUAAAAACAUUUCGAGAUUCAUUUAGCCUAUGAUUAAUUUUCCAAAUGAACCAAGUUAUUAUAACUUUCCAAAACUCAAUAUAAACUUUUUCAAUAUAAAAUUAAUAUAGAUCAAACAAUUCUUAAAAUAUUUCUGAAACUUUAAAUUUUAUGAAAUGUGUUAUGAUCAUUUAUAUUUUUUCUAAAACUUAUUUUAUUUUUUUCACUUUUGGUCCAAUCAAUUAGUUUUUUCAAACUCUUCUCAACAUCUGAAAAACAGAUUUUUUCGAACUUCAAACUCAUAAAUUCAAAAAAAAAAGCUUUUCUCUCUCUUUCCCGCGUAGGUGUAUAUCUUCUUCUUUUUUUCCGUGUUUUUAUUGUGUAAUAUUGGACUAAAUAAAAAUCAAAAUCACGAGAAAAAAUCGAAAUAUCUGAAAAAAAAAAUCAAUAAUUUUUGGUUGCAGGACGACUACAAUCGUUUCGAAACUGCUCGUCAUGCUGCAAACAGUCAAGCCAGAAACAGUGUUGAGCGAGAAGAGAGUCGUUUUAGUGGAUUUGGAGAUCGACCGGGAAGUGGAGUAGAGUUAUCUGGUUUUAAUUGGAAUGGAGGUGAAAUUAUUACCAAUGAGAAGAGUUUGCCGAAGGCUAUUAAACCGAGAACAAUGUUUUAUUCACCAAUUGGUGAUGGAACUGUUGCUGCUGAUGGUUAUGAAUUGAAACGGUGAGAUUAAAAAGAUAAGGAUUUUUUUUCAAAAAGGUUCAUUAUCUUAUUAGCCUUCAUAAAAACAUUGCUCAUCCCAAACUUUUCCAGUCGCCCAAUGGAUUUGUCUCCUCGCGUCACUGUCACUCAACUUCAACAUAUCGAACGUGGAGCCAAAGGACACGAUGGUUUAAAUAUAAUUGAGAAGAACUGGAGUACCGGAGGAUGUGAGUGUUUCUUGAGAUUAUUCCAGAAAUCCUCUUUCAUUUUCAGCCGUUCCACCAAGUGAAGCAGGAUUUGGUAGUGAAUACGGACCAGGUUCCGGUAGAAAUUCUCGCGCUGGUGGCGGUGCUUUGAGCCCAGAACCACCAUUCCCAAAAAAGAAUGAUUUUGGAAAUAAUUAUCAAGCUCCUCCAAAGCCAGGUAAACCAAGAAUACGCAUUUUUUUCUUCGCAACUUUCUUGUGACAUUUUCCAAACUUUCCCCAAAUCCAGUCAAUCCAUUCCAAAUAAUAAUUUUCUAGCGUGUAUUUUCCCCCAUUGUCCGUUUACAGAUCCUUUCCCAGCGCAUGUUAACAACAAUAACAAUAAUGCAGGUCGUCCUUACAGUGGUUUAGGGAAUCACGGUGAUGGUGGAAAUCCAUUCGGUGGAUCACAAUCAAAUCUUGGUCCAAGAGAUGGAAGAAACAGUGGUAAUUAUUGUGUGAAUAGUCAAAUUUAGAAUAAAUUGACAUUUUUGAGUAGAUUACAUAUGCCUACUAACAUAGCUUUAUAGCUUUCUAGCUUCAAGAAACAUUUUCCAAAAAAAUCAUAAAUCUUUCCAGUUGCAUCUUCGGUAUUUUCCGAUCCAGCUUAUCGACUUGACACCAAAACCGGAUAUUUGAUUACUAAUCCACGUGAAUUGAUUCAUCAAUUUGCAACAAUGACACCAGUUGCCACCAUUGAUGAUAGUAUUAAUAAUACACCAGCCACGACCACUGUUCAAAAACAAAGUUAUUAUAAGAGAACGGAAGAAACUACAGAGUAAGGAAUAGUGGGGGAAUGGAAAGUUUUUUGAGCUGAAAAUUCUUGAUGAUGAACUUUGAGAAGAGGUUUCUGAUUCAAACAUUUGUUUCGGUUGUAUUUUUCAAGAAUUUUUGUUCAUCAGUUAAAUAUCAGAAAGUUUUCAAUUAUUUUGAUUCAAUUUUUAAAAAAUUUAAAGAAUAAGGGGUUUUGAAAAAUGAUUCAAUUGGGAAUUUUUUGAAUGGCAGUUUUAGCUCUCUCUGAUUUGAACACCUAAAUUUUUUCCAACGUCUUCCAGAUCUCCCUGAAAAAUCUUGCAAAUUUCAGAGAACAAUAUGCUCCCCAUGCUCCAUACAAAACCAAUCACCCAGUUCAAUCACCAAAUCGUUUUGUUCGCCAACUUCGAGACGACAAUUUGACCCAUUCGCAGCGCGAAGCCAAUACACAUGUAGAACCCGUCAAUCAUCGUGACCCACAUUAUCAACAACGAGUUCAAGAAAUUCGAACAAAAACAUCGUAUUCAAGGUAUGUAUCAUUAAUGGUAUUUCCCAAAAAAAAAACGUAUUUUUUUGCAGAGGAGGUGAUGAUAUUGAUGCAUUGACCCAACAACUUGUCAGUGGUUUGCACACUGGGAAAUCGAAAUAUCAAUAA